ACAAAAAACCUGAAGAGUUUGGUAUUAAUAAAACGGAUUACUUUAAAACAUGCAUAUUAUGUCAUCAAAAACUUGAUUUACCUUCAGCAAAAAAUUUACAAACCAAUAAUAAUCCGGAUAAUAAUGAGCAUGUUGAGCACGAAAUUCUAUUAGAUGAUACCGUUGAUUUAGAUAAUUUAGAAGAUUAUAUUUUGACUGAACUUGAGGCAUGUGAAAAUAAUUUAGACGGAAUUGAAAUCAAUAUUCGUGUUGUUUUACCAAGUGAGAAAUUUAAUAAUAAUGAAAUGGACCUUAUUUUUCAAGAAGUUAUUAAAAUUAUUCAAGCUGCUGAUGGAUAUAAAUGGAAUUAUCUACGUCAAUACAAUAAUGUUAGUAAAAAACUAACACGAUGGUACACCUGUUCACUUUCUUCUCAACGUGAUCAUUCUGAACAAAAUCCUAAACGUAUAUAUACUAAGCAAGAACGAUUUACAUGUCAAGGUUUA